CUGUAUGCAUACAUAAGAACCGAUUCUGCAAAAGGUGUGGCGUUUAAGCUUGACAGAGGUCGUUAUCACGGUGGCUGGAUUCAUCAGUUCACACUAGAAGCUCAACAAACCAGGAACAACUCUACUGAAUUAAUGUAUUUUAUUUACCCGGCUUUCUGCAAAAAGAGUAUAUCUCGCGACAUUCUCUUACAUGGAUUCUGGUGCUUACCUUUUGACUUUUUUUACACUUCAAUCACUCCCCGAGAAGGUUACCGUAAAGUGCUGCUAAUCAGUCGAGACAAAGAUUCACCUCUUGAGAUUGCCUUGGGUGUGAGCCAAACUUGCUGCGAUCACUCGACACAAAAAUGGUUUUUCGCGAAUAUUUCAUUUAUUUCAUUACUCGGGAACUCUUUUACUGGGCGACCAACAGACAAGCCGUUGCACGCGGAUUUCAUCGGGACGUCUGCCCAAGUUGUUGAUGGAAAUAUUGCUUCUUGCUUUACGAUGAAACGACUGAUGUCAAGCAGCGAAUCACUCUGGUGGAGUGUUACUUUGAAAGAGAAGGCAUUUGUUUACAAAAUGUGGAUUAUAAACAGGCCAGACUGCUGUUUAGAACAAUUUCCUUACCUUCAAGUUACUUUACAAAGCGAUAAGGAAUCUGCCGUAGCAAACUGCGACGUUUAUGAUUGGAGGACAGAGCAUAAGAGGUUGAUGAUGUGCGAACCGUCUAUGAUGGCAACGAACGUAACCAUAUCGGCUGACGAUGUCGCCAAUUUUACACUUUGUGAGGUUAUGUUUACUGUCACAGGCUAUGAUUUAACUGCUCAUGGAGUUCGUCGAGAACUUUGGAAUCAGAUACCCUCUGCAAAACUAGAAAGUUUGCUAGAUGACAGGAGGUUUCCAAAUAGUCCAGAUGCUGUUACGAUUCUUCAGAAUUUAGACAUUUGGAUUAGUUUCCUCUCCAAUUAUGGACAGCGGCUCACAGCAUAUCUUCAGGUUCCAGAAAGCGGAAACUACACAUUUUACAUUGCUUGUGACGACGCUUGUCAGCUUUGGCUUCACAUGCCUCAAGUGAACUACUUGACCGAUGAAAGCGACAACAAGACUGUUAAGAAGCGUAUGGCUGAGUUGAAACCGGGCUACUGGACGGAACGUAAUCAGUGGGAUAAGUACCCUUCAUGGUAGACCUCUAAAGAAAUUUGGUUGAGUAAAUGCCAAUUCUACUUUAUCGAAACACUCAUGACACAAG